AUGAAUGUUCAACUCAACUACUACAAUCUGAAAAAUGUGCAGAUGUUUAAUGACAGGCCGACAAUCCUCUACGGCAAUGUAAUGAGCCCAUUGUCAUGUGGAUUGGCGUCCACGGUGACAGCUGCGGCUCUAGUCACUAAACGCCAGUCGGAACGGGUGCUUCCUUCAGGCAACCGAGACCUUUAUCACCUCCCCUUCGUCGUCGUCUUCACGUUCCUCUGGUUGCGACGAUGAGAAUUCGCAAACAGCAUACAAGUUCCAGAGGCGAAGGAGUAGGGCCGUGUUGAAUCCUCUGUCAGGCCAAUAUACUAAAAAGAAGAAACACCAUGAGCUCAGUCGUAAGCGUCUGGUAAGAAUACGCUU